AUGAUCGAAGGUCGUGCGAGAGUUGUCAGACAUCAGUGGGGCCCUGACAAAGGCUCUAUGAUGGCAGUGGAGGGGGACCUCGAGCAAGUGGAAGCCUUAAUUUCAACAAGUGCCACAGCCGGAUAUCCAGUAACCAUCGCUUGCUUUAACGGACCGAAGAGCUUUACCCUAGCAGGGACGUCUGAAUCGAUUAAUAAUGCGAUCGAACUCAUUCUUAAUGACAACUUACAUAGCUCAAUCCGUGGGAAGAAACUCAAUGUCACGAAUGCGUUUCACUCUACCCUUGUAGACGGGUUGAAGCCGGAACUCGACAGAAUGGCAUGCAAGUUGGAUUUCAGCGAGCCGGUGAUACCAAUAGAGUUUGGCUUAAAGGAUGAGCGUAAAGAAAGGCUGAGCCCCCAGUUCGUCGCUCGUCAUAUGAGAAACCCGGUGUACUUCCAUCACGCCAUCAAAAGGCUAUCGGGCAGACUUCACUCAUGUGUCUGGCUUGAAGCAGGGUCUAAUUCAACGGUCACCCAAAUGGCUAGCAGGGCGCUGAGUGGAUGCAAACUGAGCUCUCACGUUUUUGUUCCCGUAAACAUAACGACCGACGGUUCUACGACUAAUCUCGCAUCCACAACUUUGGAUCUUUGGAAAGCUGGCCUCGAUCUCACAUUUUGGCAGCACCAUUCAUCACAGACAAACCAAUAUGCCACUCCGAUCUUACCGCCAUAUCAAUUUGAAAGGUCAAAGCACUGGAUGGAACUGAGGGUACCAUCGAAAGUCCAAGCACCCGCUGCGAAGUCUGUGAAAGAAAAGAGGCUCUGGGAGUUUGAGUCAUACCAGGAUCUUGAACAUCGCUCAGUUCGUUUUCGAGUGCUCAGCGAGUCAGAACAAUACAAAUCAAUUGUGUCAUGCCAUCUCAUUGCUCAAACAGCACCAAUCUGUCCAGCAACAUUAGAAGUUGAUAUUGCGAUUGACGCCCUUAUGAGUGUGCAUCCUGAGCUUCAUAGCAACGCGUUGCAGCCACAGAUUUUGAAUGUCGAUAAUCACGCUCCAAUUUGCUUCGACACCUCGCGGGUUGUGUGGCUAGAUGUAAUGGCAAAUGAUACCGGCGUAACGCCAGGUCGUACAUGGCGCUGGAAGAUCACAAGCGAAAUUCGCCCCAAAGAUGCAACAGCGAUGGUACACGUAACUGGGCAAAUCGUGUUUCAUUCCGUGGAUGAUCGAAGUUUACAGAACGAGUUCACUCGGUACGAACGAUUGGUCAGUUAUCAACGUUGUGUCAAUGUGCUCGAUGGCAAUGAUCCUGUGGAUGAAAUAGUCGAAGGUCCGAGCAUCUACAAAAUAUUCGAUGAGGUUGUUCAGUAUGGGGGGCGAUUCCAAGGGCUGAAAAGAUUAGUAGGGAGGGAGUCAACAAAUGAGUCUGCAGGACGAGUGGUCAAGAAAUACACAAAAAAAACCUGGCUUGAUGCAGAUCUUUCAGAUUGUUUUAGUCAAGUGGGUGGGAUUUGGGUGAAUUGUAUGGCUGGAAAAGCGCCCGGCCAAAUGUAUGUCGCGAAUGGGUUCGAAAAAUGGGUGCGUUCUCCAAAGCUUCUGAACAAUACCUUACGGCCAGAAACCUGGGACAUUCCUGCGUGUCAUCAGAGGCGUGGGGAUGAAGCUUUCUUGACGGACAUAUUCAUUUUUGACCCCAGGAAUGGGAAAUUGGCCGAAAUGAUACUGGGUAUCAACUUCGCCAGAGUGUCCAAAAUAUCAAUCAGCAAAUUGAUAGCUCGACUUACGACCGACAUCGAAGCUAUUCCUUUGGCAGAUCCAAAACAAGGCAGUGUGGUCUCUGCUGGUAGGAUCGAUGAGGGCAUUUCAGCAAAGGAAGAAGCGGCAUCCGGAAUUUCGAAAGCCGAUGUGUCAUCGAAGAUACGCCUUAUUCUUGCAGAUCUGUCUGGACUAGAUACCUGCGAGAUCAAAGACGAUUCACACCUUGCGGAUAUUGGUAUCGACUCGCUUAUGGGAAUGGAGCUUGCACGCGAGCUAGAAGGGGCCUUUGACUGCACCGUCUCGACGGAUGCUCUGAUUGAAGUAUUCAGCUUUGAAGGCCUUGUCCAGUGUAUCCGACAAAUACUGGGACUGAGUAUCAGUAUCAGCGAUGGCUCAGAUGCCAAUGGAUCUUCAACAAUUGCCGCCGAUACCCCACAGACCUCGUUAGAAGAGCUCCCGUGUGACACGCCCACGCCGAAAGUCCCACUGAUUGAGGCUAUGCCGCAGGCACCAAUCGACGUAGCAAGCAAGCCUUUGUCAAAUGCAAAUGCGAAGAUCUGUCUCGGACUUCCUUCGUCAGCAAUACUCGACGCGUUCGCCGAAUGCAAAGCACUCACAGAUAAUUUCAUAGAAGAACAUAAUUGCAAGCAUUACUUGAAGCUGGUCAUGCCGAUGCAAACCGAGCUUUGCAUUGCGCUUACACUGGAAGCAUUCGCAGAACUGGGGUGUGAUUUGAGACAGGCAAUGCCAGGACAAAGUCUCAAGCGUAUCCAUCACAUCCCAUCAUUGAAACGUCUUGUUGAUUAUCUUUAUGACAUGCUUGAAAAAGAGUGCCACAUAAUCAAGCUCGAGGGUACCCAGAUUCUGCGCACUUCAGUCGCAGCGCCCACAUCCUCGAGUGCUGAUGCACUGCAGGCUCUAAUGCACACCGCUCCCGACCAUCAGUAUCCCCACAUGUUGACAUACUUUGCCGGGUCAAGGUUGACCAAAGUAUUGUCUGGAAAGUCCGAUGGAAUCAAGAUCAUAUUUGAGACAGACGAAGGGCGGCAACUCGCCUCCGGUCUCUAUGCUGAUUCGCCUCUCAAUAAACUGUCGUACAUGCAAAUGCAAGAUUUUAUCAAACGACUUGUUUCAAAGCUACCAGAAUCGAAUGGGCCGUUGAAGAUCCUUGAACUUGGAGCCGGAACUGGAGGAACCACCAAGUGGAUUGUUUCUCUCCUGGCUGACUUGAGAAUUCCAGUCGAGUACAUCUUUAGUGACCUCUCGCCUUCAUUUGUCACUGCGGCGAGAAAAAGCUUCGGGAAGCAGUAUCCGUUCAUGCGCUUCAGGACAGUUGACGUGGAGAAGAAUCCCGCCGAUGAUCUCAUCAGUAGUCAACAUAUGGUGUUGGCCAGCAAUGCUGUCCAUGCGACUCAUAGUUUGACCAAAUCACUGAGGAACAUUAGACGGACGCUGCAACCCGAUGGGUUUAUUAUGAUUCUGGAGAUGACAAGGACAAUUUAUUGGGUAGAUAUGAUUUUUGGCCUGUUAGAAGGAUGGUGGCUCUUCGAUGAUGGGCGUCGCCAUGCGAUUGCCCACCAGUCCCGAUGGCGUAAUGAUCUUCACUCGGUUGGGUAUAGCCAUAUUGACUGGACAGACGGCAUUCACCCAGAGACGACGAUCCAACGCGUUUUUCUGGCUCUUGGUGGAAAAAAAAGCACUGAAAUGUGUCCUACAUCAGAGCUUCAAGCUCGCGAGGCAAUGAUUGAUGCUUAUGUGGAAAAUUACACGGAAAGUUUCUCAGUUCCAACUUUUCCCUUGGGAUGCUCUGUUCAUAGGAGCAAGAGCAAUUUUUGCAUCCUAGUGACUGGGGCAACUGGUAGCCUCGGCUCACACAUAGUGGACCAUCUAUCUCAAUUACCACAAGUCAGAACGGUCGUCUGCUUGAACCGGACAAGUUCAAUGGAUCCACAUGAGCGCCAGGUACAAGCCUUGCAGUCGAGAGGCAUUGAAACAACCGACCUGUCAAAAUUGGAGGUUAUUGGAACGGAUCCAGUGAAGCCGAUGCUUGGAUUAGAAAGACAUCAAUAUAAUGAUAUCGCGUCAAAAGUCACGCAUAUUGUGCACAAUGCAUGGCCGAUGAGUGGCAAGCGGCCGCUAAAAGGGUUCGAGGCCCAAUUCAAAUUUAUGCGUAAUCUACUUGAUAUUGCCAGCGCAGCCGCUUCCGUGCAAAUGUCAGUGAUUGGCUUUCAGUUCGUAUCCUCAAUUGCGGUUGUUGGCCAUUGUCCGACCAUGACUGGCAAGAGCGUGGUAUCGGAAGAGAGGGUGGAGACAGCCGAAGCAGUUCUUCCCAAUGGUUAUGGCGAUGCAAAGUGGACAUGUGAACGUAUGCUUGAUGAGACCUUGCAUAGAUAUCCGCAAAUUUUCCGCGCCAUGACGGUUCGCCCAGGCCAGAUCGCUGGCUCCAGAACGAGCGGGUAUUGGAACCAUAUGGAACACUUCACAUUUAUUGUUCAGUCUUCACAGACCCUCGGGGCGUUCCCAGGGUUCGAUGGCAUAAUGUCCUGGACCCCGGUCAACGAUGUAGCUGCUUCUUUGGGCGAUCUUCUUCUCCAUGACAUCACCGCAUCCUACCCAAUAUACCAUAUUGACAACCCUGUGCGACAGCCGUGGAGCGAGAUUAUACCGGUAUUGGCAGAUGCUAUCGGUGCAGAAGUGACUUCCUUCCAGGACUGGUUGGAGCGAGUUCGUUCCUCCUCCUCAGUUGCGUCUGAAAAUCCCGCAGUGAAGCUCAUCGACUUCUUCGAUCAAGAUUAUGCUCGCAUGUCAUGUGGUGGUUUGCUUCUGGACACAAGUAGGGCUUGUCAGCAUUCUGAAUCGCUGAGGACCGUGGGACCGGUGAGCUCAGAUCUUGCUCGUAAAUAUAUCGCGUCAUGGAAAUUAGCUGGCGUUUUAAAGCAUAGUUUUGUCGCGGGUGCAGUGGGUAUUGGGACGCGUCAGGGCGUUCAAUGUGAUCAUCUCUCCAAACUCAAGUCUUAG